CAAUUGAAUCGUUUCUUAUCCUGCAAUUGAAUAUAUAACCCUAAUACCCAAAUCACAGUUUCCUCUCAUCUCUUCACCUUCAUCACGACUGAAUCCUCCAUAACCCUAAUAUCCUGUAAAGACUGCAAAUGAAUCGUCCCACCUUCAAUUCUCAAAUCCCCCUUACGUUCUCACUCCACCCUCUGCCGGCGACAGUGGUUCCAGGGGCUGUGGUAUUGGUGGUCGUCAAAGGCCAACGGCUAGGGUUUGCAAUGAAACACUGUAUUAUCGAAUUACACUCUCUAUUUGCUGAAGAUUUUUGAUCGAUUCUGUCUAUUGUAGCAAGGAUGUUAAUUACUUAUUUUCAUCUUUUUAGAUUUCAACAAGUUUGUUCCUCAUCAGCACCUUGAAUUGUAUAUAUUGGUUCAUCGUUUUAUAUGUUUGAAAUUGAAACAAGUUCCUUUUCAAUCGCAGGUUCUAUGUCUUGAAACUGAAAUCAGAAUGUUGAAAUUGCUAGAUCUUGAGUCACUGGUAAGUGAAUUGAUUCGUUUCUGCAUUAUUUUUGACAUUUCAUUUAUCUUUGCACGUAUAUCUGUAUGAAAAUAGCAACAGUUCGAUGAUAUGCAUACAUUUAGCUGGUCAACUGUGGAAUCUAGGUUGUUAUUUAGAAAACAUUGGAAUUUAAUUCUUUGACUCUUGGUCUGUACAAUCAAUUUGAAUUUGAUGGCUUUUGACCGCCAUGAAAUGUAAUUUAUGUUCACCAUUAUCCUAAAGAUAGGUGGAACCACGAUUAUAGAGACGUUGGGCCGCCUGGAGUUGACCGGGUCAUCGGUUCCUUGCCGUCUAGCUUCUCGCCUAGGUACCCUGGUUAUGACUCUAGAGGGUCGAGUAAUCGAAGACGAAGCCCGUUGAUACGUGAAACGAGUUCGAGUCAUGAUGAUGAUCAGUGGCACCCUUACUCAUCUGACUCUUCGUCUCACCGAAGGGCGCCAUGAACAUCGCCAGCAUUGUAGCUGGAUUAAUAAUUUGAUAUAUGCAUCGUUCGAUUGAACAAAAAUUAAGUGAAAUUAAGUCUCUUUCAAAUCAUUUUUAGUUAUUGAAGUUAUCAUAUGGACCUUCAGAUGCUUGCAAAUUGCAAAUGAAUAUUUAUAAUGUUAAGUUAUUGAUGAUUGGUUAACCUGGUUUUUAAAAACUUUGAAACUGGAAUUCCUGAUCUCAUGUCUUUUUACUCCUGAUGUUAAAGGCUUUUGACUCCAAAAGUCAAAACAAACAGCAUACAUGGUUUUGAUGCACCAGCAUUAAGUUGAUUUUUUUAGUAUGCCUCGUAUAAAACCAGGUGACUUAAAUAGGGUACCAAAGGGUUUGUAGUCUAGCAGUCAAGAUGGGUUUGUGGUUGCACUUACGACACUCAAAGUCGAGGCGUUAGGCUGUAGGCGAAGGCGCUAUUGCCCAUGUCCUUGCAUUUAUUUUUGGACAAAACAUUAUAACAAAUAAACUUCUAAUCAUGUAUGUAUAAAAUCCUCGUCCUGGUUAACAGUAUAACGAAACCAACUAUGCAACUAUUUGACUAUUUGCAGGCGGUGUAAUGGUGAAAAGUGAGCAUCAAUUUAUUUGAUCUGUUCUACAGCCAUGUGAGGGAGCUCGGGAACACUGAAUAGGUUAUAUGAUGGACUUACUUCUUUCUUGUACCUUUAGGGGAUCUUGGUCAAACGUUUGACUCAAACCGAACUUUGACUCAUUACGAGUCAAACCCGAUAAAAGGGCAGACCGUGCUUUUUGUUGGUGACCUUUCAUAUACCGAUAAAUACCCGUUGCAUGAUAACAACAGGUGGGAUACAUGGGGAAGAUUUGUUGACAGAAAUGUGGCUUACCAACCAUAGAUUUGGAGUGCUGGGAAUCAUGAAAUUGAUUUUCUUCCUGAAUAUGGUGAAGGUGAACCAUUUAAGCCUUAUACACACCGGUAUUUCGUGCCAUAUGAAGCAUCCCGGAGUACAUCUCCUAUUUGGUACUCGAUUAAACAAGCUUCUGCUUACAUAAUCGUGUUGUCAUCUUUUUCGGAUUAUGGAAAGUCCACGCCGCAAUAUAAAUAGCUCAUGAAGGAGCUACCGAAAGUGAAUCGAAGCGAAACUCCAUGGUUAAUUGUGGUUAUGCAUUGUCCAUUAUAUAACACCUAUGUGCAUCAUUAUCUGGAAUGUGAAACUAUGAGAGUGAUGUAUGAGCAAUAUUUUGUUCAGUACAAAGUUGAUGUAUUUGCUGGACACGUUCAUGCCUACGAGCGCACAGAUCGGGUAUCAAAUAUUGCUUACAAUAUCGAAAACAGGUUGUGCACUCCUAAAAUGGAUGCAUCUGCCCCUGUUCACAUAACCAUUGGUGAUGGAGGAAACCAAGAAGGAUUACUCUUUGAGAUGGUAGAUCCGCAACCGAAAUAUUUAGCGUUUAGGGAACCGAGCUACGGGCAUGCUACAUUUGAGAUUAAGAACAGAACUACAGCUUAUUAUGCUUGGCAUCGUAACCAAGACGGAUAUUCUGUUCAACCGGAUUCCAUAUGGUUUCAUAAUUGAAAUCUGGAAAUCAUCAUCAAUUGCAUCAAUCUGAUUAUUACAAGUGUAAACCCAGUGAUUGAAUAGGUUCACCAGCUCCAUCACCAGAUUCAUCACCUAAUGUAUGAUGUAAACUAUGGGUUUGAAAUAUUAAUAGUGUUUUGUGACAAA